AUUGCAUUUGUACUGUGGCAAGUUAACAAUACUCAUUUACAGCUUCUCUGAACAUUCCUCCCCACUGACUCACCACAGUUUGAACAUUUCAGAAAUUACGAGCACAAAGUACUUCAUUCUGGAGAAGACUGUGAAAUUCUUUGCAUCAGCGACAACCACUUUAACCACCAAAGGACCUCCACAGCACUCAGAGAUUCAUCAAAAUGAAGAAUUGCAUUUUGUUUUGUUUCUUCCUUGCAAAUGUGUUGGCAGCCUGUAUUGUUGGCUUGACUUUAGAGAGUUGUUUCCAAGAGCAACUGCGGCUCCAGGCUCAGGUGAGACUUCUGGAUCACAAUGUGAAACAGCAACAGGCAAAAAUAAUACAGCUUUUAAUGGAGAGGGAUGCUCAGAGCAGAGAUAAAGGAGAUGAAAAUGGUGUCAUCAGUCUGGGAGAAGAAAGAGAGUAUACAGACUGUGCUGAAAUCUACAAGGCCGGAUACACACAGAGCAGAUUUUACAAGAUAAAACCUGUUGGGAGCUCUGAUGGAUUCCUUGCCUACUGUGACAUGUCAGGAGGAGGAGGGUGGACAGUCUUUCAAAGACGAUCAGAUGGAAGCCAAAAUUUUGAUAGAGAUUGGGCUGAAUAUGAACAAGGUUUUGGUGACUUUACUUCACCAGAUGGCGAAUAUUGGCUUGGAAAUAAAAAUCUCCAUUAUCUGACUUCUCAAGGAAAUUAUACCUUAAAAAUUGAUCUUUCUGAUUUUUCGGGUGAACAACGCUUUGCACAAUAUGAAAAUUUCCGCGUGGCUGACGAGCAGAGUUCCUACACAAUGAGUUGUGGACGAUAUUCUGGCACAGCGGGGGACUCCCUCACUGGAGGAUUUCACCCUGAAGUCAAAUGGUGGGCAAAUCAUCAAGGAAUGAAAUUCAGCACGAAAGACAGGGAUAAUGACAACUAUGAAAAUAACUGUGCAGAAGAAGAUAAUGCUGGCUGGUGGUUUAACAGAUGUCACUCUGCCAAUCUUAAUGGCCUGUAUUACGAUGGACCCUACUCAGCAACAACAGACAAUGGGAUUGUGUGGUACACGUGGCAUGGAUGGUGGUAUUCUUUGAAAUCAGUCACCAUGAAAAUCAGACCAUCGGAUUUUCGUUCUAAUGAGCUUUAAGUCUAUUUCCUGUAUAUAUCCAUUUAAUUGAUCUCACUUGUAACAUUAUAUUUGAUUUCUUCAUUUCAAACAGGUAAAGGUUUCCCCUUGACAUUAAGUCUAGUCAUGUCCAACUCUGGGAGAUGAUGCUCAUCUCCAUUUCUAAGUCAAAGAACUGCCGUUGUCCAUAGAUACCUCCAAGGUCAUGUGGCCAGCAUGACUGCAUGGAGCGCUGUUACCUUCCCGCCAAAGCAGUACCUAUUGCUUUACUCACAUUUUCAUGCUUUCAAACUGCUAGGUUGGCAGGAGCUGGGCCUGACAGCAGGAGUUCACCCCACUCCCCAGAUUUGGACUGCUGACCUUUCAGUCAGCAAGUUCAGCAGUUUAGCCUGCUGUGCCACUUCUGUGUAAAUCAGGGGUGACUUUCUAUGAAUUAUGACUGCAGUGAAAUACACUGUUAAAUGUUCACAGGGCUCAAAUAUACAUAACACUGGGUCAAUAGAUUGUACACAGGCAAAUAGAUUGUACAAAUAGAUUGUACACAGGGGUUCAUGACAGUAAAUCCUAAAUUUACAAUGUUGAUGAGCAAGAUAUACCAAAAUCAAUCUAGGUCAGUGGUAAUAAUAAUAAUAAUAAUAAUAAUAAUAAUAAUAAUAAUAAACCUUUAUUUGUACCCCACUACCAUCUCCCGAAGGACUCGGUGCGGCUUACAAGAGGCCGAGCCCAAAUACAACAAUCAAACAGCAACAACAACAACACAAUAACUAAAAAAAAAAAAACAAAGCAAUAACAAUUAACAACACCCAAUGGCGCAAUUAAAAACAAUGGCCGGACCAAAUGUAAUAAUUAAAAUUAAAAGUGCUGGGCAUGACAAGGUGGGGUAUUUGGAGGGGGAUAGGUAUGCAGAUAUCCUGGAUCUCUGAUAAAGUGCGUUGGGACGUAAUGCUAGGAGUUUCCUUAAUCUGGAAAGGAUAAGGAACAACCACGUUUUCAAGCUCCUCCUAAAGAUUGCUAGCGAUGGGGCCUGCCUGAUGUCCUUAGGGAGAGAGUUCCAGAGUGGGACCGUGAGCAGGGCCUCUCCAGAUGAACGAAGAAAUCGUGUGGGUUCGUACACAGAGAUGCGGUCACGCAGGUAGGUGGGCCCCAAACCAUUUAGGGCUUUGUAGGUAAGCACAUGCACCUUGAAUUGGGACUGGAAAAUGAAUGGCAGCCAGUGGAGCUCUUUAAACAGGGGGGUUGACCUCUCCCUGUAAGGAGCACCAGUUAACAACCUGGCCGCCGCCCGUUGGACCAAUUGAAAUUUCCAGGCCGUUUUCAAGGGCAGCCCCACGUAGAGUGCAUUACAGAAGUACAAUCUGGAAGUGACUAAGGCGUGGACCACCUUGGCCAGAUCCGCCUUCACGAGGUAUGGUUGCAGUUGGUGCACGAGUCUCAAUUGUGCGAAAGCCCUCCCAGCCACCGCUAACGCCUGUUCUCAACCUGUGGAUCCCCAGAUGUUUUGGGCUUCAACUUCCAGAAAUCCUGUUGUUUAUUCAGUUGCUUUUGAUUCUUCAUGACUUAAUGGACCAGCCCACGCCAGAGCUACCUGUCAGCCGUGGCUAUCCCCAGCUCCUUUAAAGUCAUACUAGCCACUUGAAGGAUAACAUCCAUCCAUCUUAUGCUUGGUCGCCCCCUCUUCCCUUUUCCCCAGCAUCAUUGUCUUCUCCAAGCUUUCCUGUCUUCUCAUUAUGUGUCCAAAGUACUUCAUCUUUGCCUCUAAUAUCCUUUCCUCCAGUGAGCAGUAGGGCUUUAUUUUCUGAAGUAUGGACUGGUUUGAUCUUCUUGUGAUCCAAGGCACCCUCACAAUUUUCCUCCAACACCACAGUUCAAAAGCAUCUAUCUUCCUUCACUCAGCCUUCUUUAUGGUCCACCUCUCAUAUCCAUUGGUUACUAUAAGGAAUACCAUUGCUUUAACUAUGUGGAUCUUCGUUGCCAGUGUGAUGUCUCUACUCUUCAAUAUUUUAUUGAUAUUUAUGUGAUUUAUGGGAGUUGUAGGCCAAAACAUCUGGGGACUCGCAGGUUGAGAGCCACUGAUCUAGGUUACAUGUCUUCUAUAACCAUUUUUAUAGUAGUUUCACAAUCUGUGGGUUUUGAACUGAAUGUGCUUAUUUGUCAUUUAGGUGUCACAUAACUGUGAAUUUUGUCCAACAGACUAACUUGAAGACUCUUCUAAACUAAGCAAAAUACCAAUCAAUUCUACAACAAAGAUUUACACUUCCUCAUUAUCACUGUGUAUCUAUAUACUAAAAGUACACUGGAUGUAAUUCAGUCUUCCGGAUGCUUUAACUAUUGACCUAUAUACCACAACUUUAUCAUGCUCGGUCUGCAAUUUUCAUAACCUUAUAUCUAACUUGUCACAUUAUAUUUAUGUGGGCUAUAAGGCUGACGGAGCCAGAUAUCAUAGCGGAUGCACAGCAAGUGAAAUAAAAUAGAUCUGAUCAAGCAGAUAUUUCUCACAUCAAAUUAAGUGAGGUCAUUUCCCUUAGUUAUUAGUCUAUAAUUUCUGCCAUUCAGUUCUGCUGUGACUUGAGGUUAUUAAAGAGCCCAAACGCUUCAAUAAAUAUUCUUUAUAUAAUAGACUUUCCAAGCAGAGCCAGCUCAAGAUGAGACAUUUUGUCUUUAUUAAUGACACAAACAUAUAAUGAGAGAGAGACACAGCAAACUUCCAUGCAUAAUGUCCAGAGCUUAUCUUUGAAAUUACGUACAAUUAUAUAGAGCUAUUGCAAUUUAAUAGGUACAUAAUGACUGUACACCCACUUGUUUGCUGUUACUCAUGACAUAAUUGGUGGUCUAAUUUCUUUUCAUCCAACUGUGUUUCCUAUUUUGAGAAAUCAAAUAUCAGAUUUUCAUAGCGGGAGGGGCUUUUCUGUUUCGUGCUCCCGAAGAAAGACACGAAAGAGACGAAUGAAACCGGAAAAACAAAUUCAGCAAGCAACUUUAUUACAUAGCCAAAGCUCCACAAAAAUUGAUCAUUUAUUUAAUGUCACAUUCAGCAAAAUUGGAAAUCGAGAAGCAGGAAAUGCUAACAAUAAUUUAUCCUGUUGGAUCUGUUAUUUGUAAAGCAAAAUUAGACCUGGAGGAAGGAGAUGUGAAAAUCAGAGCAAAGAAUACCAACAAUUUAAGAUAUGCCAAUGAAGCCACAUAACUUGCAGAAAAUAACAAAGAUUUGGAAUUAUUAUAGAAUAAAGUCAAGAAAGAAAGUGUAGAGGCAAGUUUAUAGUUGAACAUUAAGGAAACAAAAAUCAUGACCACAUAUGAUUUACGUAACUUUUAAGUUACAUAGUGAAGACCUUGAAGUGAUUCAAGAGUAUCCAGAUCUUGGCCCAGUCAGAAUGGAAACUGCAACCAUAUAUAUAUAUGGACUUGGAAGGGCAGCUAUGAAGGAACAGGACAAGGUCCUGAAGUGUCAAGUAUGUUAUUAACUACGGUACUAAUGUUAUGAUUGUCCAUGCCAUCAUAUUUUCAAUUUCUGUGUAUGGUUAUAAAUUCUGGACAGAGAAGAAAACUGAUAGAAAGAAAAUCAACUACCGUAUAUACUCAAGUAUAAGCCAAGUUUUUCAGCCCCCUUUUUAGGCUGAAAAAGCCUCCCUCAGCUUAUA